AUGGAAUACGAAGCGGAAAGGCGUCUGCGACAAAAGGAACUGCUCCAACUCACCGAUAAGCUCAACUCACUAUUACCAGCGUUUGACGCCUUAGUCUCGAAGAAGGAAGAAUUUUUAAGGGAUUUCGAAGAGGAGAAAGAAAGGCUUCAAGUUCAAUUAUCCCAAAGUGAGAGCAAAUGUAAACACGCCGAAAUUAAGGCAAACGACCUACUGGAAACUAUUAAGGAGCAUGAAAAGGUGGCUCAUGAUAAUGAACAACGAAUUGAAGCGUUACGACAAUCUGAAAGUGAAAAAUUAGAUGCGAUUGGGAGUUUAAGGAGUGAGUUAAAUAAGCGCGAAGCAUCCAAUAGGGACCUGGAAGAGGCCCAUAAAAUAUUGAAUUCAUCUUUGGUCCAAGCAGAGAAGCUACACCAGGAGACAGAAAAAAACCUGACUCUUCUUAAAAAUUGUGCAGAAACACAGAAGAAAGAAAUAUCAGAUUUAAAGGGUGUAACGACCAAACUACAGGAUGAAAAUGAGGAGCUAAAAACAAAGUUACGCAAUGCAGAAUUCGAACAGAGUCGUCUGGUUGCUAGAAAUCAGGAUAUGGGACGAUACAUUGAACUCUUUCUCUGGGCACUGGGAGGAGUGAUUAAUUAUGCAUUAAUUUCGUUUGGCGGUCUCGAUAUUCCCUACCUCUUUCUCUUUUCUUCUUGCUUUAUGCGACUCUCUGUGAUGUUUCAGUUGAAGAAUGAUCAAAUAAUACAGUUGGAGGAACGAUUGCAAGAGUCGGGGCAACAAGUACGAGUUCUUGAGAAUGCUGCCUCGCGAGCUGGAGACGAAAUGCGCACCAGUUCUGCCUCACUGGCCCAACGUGAUGCUGAGUUGGCUGAGCUGCGUGAGGCUCUUGGUGCUUCCCAAGCCGCACACACUGCAGCGACAAAACGCUGCGAGGAGAUUCGUGCUGAAUUGCUGGGUGCUGUUGAACAACAGCAACAGGAGUCCGAUCGCACUCUGCGCCAGAAGGAAAAACAAAUCGAAGCCCUGCAAGAGAGUCUCAACUCCUUGCAAAAGGAAUCCGACAAGAGUUCAAUGCGAAAUGAGAAGAAAAUGACGGACAAUUUGGCCUAUGUGGAGAAACUGAAAAACCAAUUGAAAGAAAGUACCCAAGAAAAGGUGAGGUAUAUUAAUUUGAGUAAUGAUCAACUUGUACCACAGAGAGAGAUUGCCAAACAGUUGACAGCAAGCAAGCAUAAAAGCUCCAAACUGGAAAAGGAGAUAAGCGAAAAGAAAAGUCAAAUAUCGACCAUGGAAGAACAAAUCGGAAGCCUGAAUGAGCAAAUACAUAAAUUGAAUGCUGAUCAGGACAAAUUGACAGAACUAAUGAGCACUAAAGAUUUGGAAAUAGGGAGACUGCGACGAAUUGAAGCAGAAUUCGCUGAUUUUAAACGUACAGUAACAGAAAACACACCACCUUGCUCCACACAGAUUUCAAGGGCUCCAGAAAUGGAAGCGCAAAUGACUCCUCAAUCACCAUUCAGAUUGGAGAAAUUCAAUCAAAUGGUUCGUAACUUUGCAUUUUAG